AUGGAGUAUUGGGCUGAUUCACGUAUGACCAUCAAGAAGUGGAUAGAGCAGAACCAAACCUCUGAUAUCUACAUAAUGACUGGGGAGGAACAAAUGGAGUUUGAUGAAGUUGCAGUUUAUUUCUCGGAGGAGGAGUGGGGCUGUUUAACUGAAGAACAAAAAGAGCUUUAUAAGGAUGUGAUGAUGGAGAAUUACCAGACCCUCACGUCUCUAGGAUAUGUUCUUGAGAAACCUUUACUUGUUACACAGAUUGAGAACAGAGAGGAGCCGUAUGUGGGCAGCUUUCCAAUUACCGAUGGGCGUCUAGAGGAAAACCCGGGCACUGGGCUAUUAAAUGUGAAGGAAGAGGAUGAGACAGAUGACAUGAAUAGUCAUCAGACUGAAAUACAUUGCUCCCUCCCUGCCGGGCGUCUAGAGGAAAACGCGGGCACUGGGCUAUUAAAUGUGAAGGAAGAGGAUGAGACAGAUGACAUGAAUAGUCAUCAGACUGAAAUACAUUGGUCCCUCCCUGACGGCCAAAUGGAUGUGACACCUUUAGAUGGCUCCGCGGUUGAGAACGGUGGAAAACCCUAUGUGUGUGAUUACGUGAAGACUGAGGAGGAUGAAGUUCCUAUAAAUACGGCUACAGGUGAUGUUAAGACUAAAGUCACACUUAAUGCUAAACAGACUAAUGACCUGGAAGCUUUGAAGCAGGAAAUUGGUGACAAUAUCAGUACAGGUGAUGUUAAGACUGAAGUCACAGUUAAUGCUGAGCAGACUAAUCACUUGGAAGCUGUGAAGCAGGAAAUCAGUGUCAAUAACAGUACAGGUACAUUUACAAAAUGCAUUAAUCCUAAUCUUAGCCAUGGUGAAAAUACAGAUACUUGUUUCAGUCAUCUUCAAAAUCAAAGAAGCAACGUGGGAAAUUUACAUUCUGAGUCUGGGAAUUUUUCCGGUAAAUCAAUUCUUUUAAGACAUCAAGAAAAUCAUGCAGGAGAGAAAGCAUUUUCAUGUUCUGAAUGUGGGAAAAAUUUUGCAUGGAAAUCAAAUCUUACUACACAUCAGAAAAUUCAUACAGGAGAGAAAGUAUUUUCAUGUUCUGAAUGUGGGAAAUGUUUUAUUGAGAAAUCUACUCUUACUAGACAUCAGAAAAUUCAUACAGGAGAGAAACAAUUUUCAUGUUUGGAAUGUGGGAAAUGUUUUACUCGGAAAACAUCUCUUAGUGAUCAUCAGAAAAUUCAUACAGGAGAGAAAGCUUUUUCAUGUUCUGAAUGUGGGAAAUAUUUUGCUCUGAAAUCAAGUCUUAUUGGCCAUCAGAAAAUUCAUUCAGGAGAGAAAGCUUUUUCAUGUUCUGAAUGCGGGAAAUGUUUUACUUGGAAAUCCUCUCUUAUUGGCCAUCAGAAAAUUCAUACAGGAGAGAAAGCUUUUUCAUGUUCUGAAUGUGGUAAAUAUUUUGCUCUGAAAUCAAAUCUUAUUAGCCAUCAGAAAAUUCAUUCAGGACAGAAAGCUUUUUCAUGUUCUGAAUGUGGGAAGUGUUUUACUCAGAAACCAUAUCUUAUUGGCCAUCAGAAAAUUCACACAGGAGAGAAAGCAUUUUCAUGUUCUGAAUGUGGUAAAUGUUUUGCUCUGAAAUCAAAUCUUAUUUGCCAUCAGAAAAUUCAUUUAGGACAGAAAGCUUUUUCAUGUUCUGAAUGUGGGAAGUGUUUUACUCAGAAACCACAUCUUAUUGGCCAUCAGAAAAUUCACACAGGAGAGAAAGCAUUUUCAUGUUCUGAAUGUGGGAAGUGUUUUAUUCAGAAAUCGCAUCUUAUAGGCCAUCAGAAAACUCACACAGGAGAGAAAGCUUUUUCGUGUUCUGAGUGUGAGAAGUGUUUUACUGAGAAAUCAACUCUUAUUACACAUCAGAAUAUUCACACAAGAGAGAAACCAUUUACAUGUUCUGAAUGUGGGAAAUGUUUUGCUUGGAAAUCAAAUCUUACUACACAUCAGAAAUUCCAUACAGGAGAGAAAGCAUUUCCUUCUUAAGAGUCUACGGCUUCAUUCCUUACUGUUGGGAAAUAUUGAACCUGGCCACCAGGAGAAGGCAAAGACACCCCAGCCAAAGACUUAAAUACCUCUCCCACUUCCCCUAUCCCCCAGUCAUUAUUUGUCUUUCAUCACAGGAAGAUGGCAGAGAAAUAUCAGAAGAUUUUGAAGUUUCUCAGGCGAGCUAUAUGCCUUUUGUUAUGUAACUUGAGUUUUAAGUAGUCUUGUCAGCCUCUCAGUGAGAGCAUUGAUGAAAGUUAGAGUCUGGAAAUGCAGGGGGAGUCUUUCUGCAAACCCAUCCAGAUUGCCUGCUAACAGCUCCUUAAGCAACCAGUGUUGACACAUUUCACUGUCUGCUUUCUUCACUCAAGUCCAUGUCAGGAGUGAUGCUACAAGACUGUCACACUUGAGAGGCUCUGUUUCUGUUCCACAGCACGGAUUCUGGUAAGAUCGUUUCAAUUUUUACUUAUGUUGAAAUGGCUGAAGCCAGGGCCACAGUGUGACUCCUUUUAUUUUUAAAGAAUCAUUGGUUAAUAUCUCCUGAGGGAGGUUAUUGAACAGUGGCGAUUAAUUAAAUGUGAUACUUUGAUUUUAUGCUGCUUUAUGCAUGAGAUAAAAUUUUUAGGGCUCAUAGACUGUUAUGUGGUAACAAAACAUACAGGUUUGUUUUUAAUGACACGAUGAGUCCACGGAUCAUCUAAUUACUAUUGGGAAUAUCACUCUUGCCCAGCAGGAGGCGGCAAAGAGCAUCACAGCAAAGCUGUUAAAUGUCACCUCCCUACCCAGUCAUUCUCUUUGCCUACAUUAGAGCAAGGAAUUGGUAAAGUUAGAAAAUAAUCUUCAAUCAAGAGUUCAUUAUUUUUAAAGUAGUACAAGAUUAUGCUACUUUGUCCUAGGGUGUAGCCAUAGUCCAUAUCAGUCUCUUCAGUAGAGCAGUGGUGGCUUUAGAGCAAUGGGAACUUGUGGGACAUAAUUCUCACUGCGCCUCCCAUAUACUGAUGCUGCCCUAACCCUGAAAGCCUGAGUAAAAUUACUCAGUAAGUUCUCUCUUUUCACAGGUCCAUGGGAGGGAGAAGACCUCUCAAACCUGGGAGCUGCCUUGCUGUCGGGCAGAUGAGGAGGUAAGUGCUUACUUUAUUUUCUGGGGGUAAGAAACUCAGAAUAAGAAGGCACUUUAUUAUAAGGGACACAUUCAAAGGCUCAGUGGAGUUUGGGCUCUUUUGUGUAGACAGCUUGAUGGCUGUGUCUUCCUCAUGGGCAUUCAUAAAUGAAGCUUCUGUGGAACAGAUUUGCAAGGCUGCAACUUGGUCCUCUCUUCACACUUUUUCAAAAUUCUACAAAUUUGACACUUUUGCCUCGGCUGAGGCCGCUUUUGAGAGAAAGGUUCUUCAAGCAGUGGCGCCUUCCGUUUAGGUUCCCUGUCUUGUCCCUCCCUUAUCAUCUGUGUACUCUAGCUUGGGUAUUGAUUUCCAAUAGUAAUUAGAUAAUCCGUUGACUCAUCAUGUCAUUAAAAAGACAAGAAAAUAUAUGCUUACCUGAUAAAUGUAUUUCUUUUUUGACACAAUGAGUCCACGGCCCACCCUGUUCUAUAGACAGGUUGUUGGUUUGUUAUAAACUUCAGACACCUCUGCACCUUGUUGCUUCCUUUCUCUCCUUUACUUCGGUCGAAUGACUGGGGUGGGAAGGAAGGGAGACAAUAUUUAACAGCUUUGCUGUGGUGCUCUUUGCCGCCUCCUGCUGGGCAGGAGUGAUAUUCCCAAUAGUAAUUAGAUGAUCCAUGGACUUAUCGUGUCAAAAAAUAAAUAUAUUUAUCAGGUAAGCAUAAAUUUUCUUUUUUACUUUCACUUUGAAUACUGCGCAACUUGUA